UUUCUAAGCAGUACCCUUUACAGGUCCGGAGAACAGGAACACUAUCUGAAGUGGUUCAAAUCUCACGGGAUCCAAACAUUGGGUGAAGACUAUCCGGAGUUCUUCGAGGGCGGUGGCGAUGCUGUAUUUUCUGACCCAAAAACUCUUUGGGCAGGAUUUGGACAGCGAUCCGCUAAAGGGGUCUACGAAAGAAUCAAAGCGCUCGGCCAAUUCGACAUUGUCAUCUGCGAAUUGAUUCAUCCAAACUUCUACCAUUUGGACACGUGUUUCGCUCCAGUUGAUCAGACUACAGCCUUAUGGUAUCCGCCUGCCUUUUCCGAAAAGACCAAGAAAGAGAUACUGCAACGCCUACCAGAUUCGAUCGCAAUUUCCGACGAGGAAGCAAACUCGUUUGUCUGCAAUGCGAUUACUGUAAGGAAUACGGUAUUGUCUCCGAUCGGCAUGCAAGCGGCUACUCGAGAAGCACUAGCUCGUCGUAAAAAGGCUGUCACGGACUUGGACAUGAGCGAAUUCAUGAAGAGCGGUGGCGCUUGCCAAUGCCUUGUGCUUCGAUUAUAA